AUGGCACCACAACCUUUUAACAUAACGAUAAUCGGAGCAGGUGUGGCCGGUCUCACGACAGCGUUUGUUCUCUCUCAAAAGCCAAAAUAUAGAGUCACCGUUGUCGCAAAGUUCAUGCCCGGCGAUUAUGAUGCAGAAUACGCAUCCCCAUGGGCUGGGGCUAACUUCUGGCCGAUGGGAGCACCUGGAAGCGAGCAAGCCGGGCUAGAGGAGGCCACAUGGCCAGAAUUAUCCAAGCUGGCUAAUGAACACCCUGAAUCCGGAGUGGCAUUUGAAAAGGCCUAUAUUCACACGCGGGUUGAAGACGUCGGAAAGGCAGGUUCGUUAUUUGCCCAAAGUGAUAACAGAAUGCCAUGGUGGAGUCAUCUUUUCCAUGAUUUUAAAUGCCUGGACCAGCCACGGCUCCCUGCAGGUAUUCACUCAACUUACGAAUUUACAACGGUCUGUAUAAACACUGCCGUAUAUCUUUCAUGGCUACUCUCAAAGUGUAUAAGUAAUGAAGUCAUCUUCAAAAGAGCAGUAGUUGAACACGUUGCUGAUGCCGCGUCCCUGCACGCGAGUUCAAAACCUGCAGAUCUCGUGAUAAAUUGCACGGGGCUCAUGGCACGGUAUUUGGGGGGUGUGGAGGACAAGACUGUGGUUCCUGCGCGAGGACAAGUUGUCGUAGUCCGAAAUGACCCCGGUGUCAUGGCCACCAUUUCGACCACGGAUACAAAAAAUAAUGGCAUGGCAUACAUGAUGUCACGACCAUGCGGUGGCGGAACGAUUCUUGGGGGCUGCUACCAGAUUGGCAAUUGGAAUGCAUCCCCAGAUCCCCAUCUUGCGGAGAGCAUAAAGAAAGGAUGCCUCGCUAUGUAUCCAGAAUUGACGCAAGGCAAUGCCGUGGAGCUAAGCGUUAUUCGCCAUGGUGUUGGCUUUCGUCCUGUGAGACCACAAGGUGUACGUAUCGAGGCUGAGCGCGUCAAGGGGGUAUCUGUUGUUCAUAAUUACGGUCAUGGUGGAUGGGGGUAUCAAUCCUCGUAUGGAAGUGCUGCUGCGGUAGCCUUGCUCGUAGAGCGUGAAGCCGAGGUAAAAUCGAAGCUGUAG